CACUUGUUGCUAAAUAGAAGCUCUCUGGGGAAAACUCAAGUUUUUAUCUUUGACUGCUGUCGCUAUGCGAGGAAAUCGGCUUCCUUCCUUCUUUUUCCUUAUCCUUGUCAUUUUCAGAGGGGCGUCUGGAUUAAAGAUCCGGAACAAGCUUCUGGGUAAAUGCCUGCAGGUGCCAGAAGGAAAAAAAGAAGGUCAAGUAACACUGGGAGAGUGCAACACAUAUUCAACUGUACAAGAAUGGCACUGGCUACCAGGGGGCAAAGCUCUCAUCAACCAACACACCAGAGAAUGUCUGACCGCACCGAGGGAGGAGUAUGAAGGUGUUGUUCUGCAGUCCUGCAUUUUCAAAGAUGGAGCUUUGGCAGACGAUGUAGAAAGAGAGGCGAGUGGUCAGGCAUGGACCUGCUCAAAGAAAGGCCAUAUUACUCUGAUAGAGAAUAGGCUUCACUUAAGUGCAACAAAAGAUUCCUCUUUAGUUUUUCUGUCGAGGGAACAUAAGCAGGGCAGCAAGUGGCGCGCUCUUGAUAACCAGACGCUGUGUAACAGGAGAGACCAUAAAGAAAACCAAUCUCAUCAUUUGAAGGAAGAAAAAACUGAGAUUUCUCAAACUCUGUCAUCUGAAAGACCCAUGCAUGAGAAACCAUUUGCAGGUAUAAUGGGCUUUAACGGGACAGAAGCUUAUUCUGUAAAGAAUGGGAUAAUCCCUUAUCCCUUUGGCACCAAAUCUCCAGCAGAUCCCACCAUGGUUUUUUACACUAUGGAUUAUGGAAUGGGAUGGAAGAUAACCAUGCUGGUGUUGAGCUCUUUGGCUCUUGUCCUAGGAACUGCAAUUUUCAUCCUCAGUGUGUAUUCCAACAGGAGGAAGAAAGUGGUUUGUGUCUUGAAGUCAUACACUCCAAGGUCAGAGACGAGUGUUCCAGGAUCGCCUAUAAUCAGUGAAAGAGCCACCCUGACGGAACAUGCCAUGCACUUUCCACACUCUUCGCCCACCUUACAUCGAGGAGAGAUCUUGAUUGAGUGGAAGGACGGCACGGUCACGCCGCUGUAUGAGGCCUGAGAGCUUUCACUGCUGAUUCACACCUGCUAUGAAUGUGGUCAUUUUUGUUAGAGUGAACUUGUGCAGGAGUAUGUUUAUCCUUUGAUACUGUUCUUCAUAUGACACUAACAGGCACAACAGUCAAAUCUAUGUUAGCAAACUGUUAACAGUGUUCAGUAGAUUGUAGAUAUGUAUUGAAAACAUUACGUCUUUAAAGCCUGCUGACACAGAAAGUUGUGGUUCUCACAUGAGUUAACCUUUUAACCGUUAUCUUUUUUUCGUAAAAUUUAAACAAUGGAUAAAAUGUGUAGACUGUGAAAGAAGGUUGUCAUAAACUGCUGUUUAACAACACAGCACCAAAUUGCAAUUUAAAUUUUGUGUGUUGUUUAACUGCCUGUUUUAGUUUUCUUAUGUUGUCAAAUGUUCGUUUUUUUUGGAAAGAUUUUUGUUAUUGGUUCUAACUGAAUUAUAAUUUUAACACAGGUACGAGAUUCUGGCAAAGAAUUCAGAGGGGCUCCUUUAUCUAUUUUUUGUAAAAGGGUAAACAUUCUGGAUCCAAAGCAACUCUAAAAUAACAGUGAGUAAAAUGCUGCCCCGAAGAAAUCAAUUAAAAGUCAAAAACAUAAAAUAGCGUAGUUUUUCUUUCAAGGUUGAAUGGUUUUUUUCCUGUUACAUUCAGGUAAAAUGGUCCGUAAUUUUCACAUGAAAUGUAUUUCUUAUGUGGUCUAGUUAAUAAAUUAAAUCAUAACUGUUAUUUUGCAUUCUGAGAAUACUGUUUGGCUACUGUAAAAGUUAACCAUGCUUCAAUAUACCAAAUUUGAAGUACAUUUCAAAUUAUUAUAUAAUUAAAAAGAUGUUAUGGCUCAUAAUCAAACAAAUUUUAUUAUAGUUUUGUUAAAUUUUAGUUUAAGUGUUUCAAACAGUUAUUUAUAAUGAAAACUAAUGAGAUAAUUUGCUUUCAUAAAAAAUGAGAUCCAACUCUCCUGGUGAUGUGGCAUGGAGUCAUUCCAUAAUAGCUGUUCUGAGGUGUUACAGAAACCAACUUUCAGGUGCCUUUAGCUCAUCUGCAUCAUUGGCUCUAUUGUUUCUCUUCCUCCUCUAGAGAAUCUAAAUAAUCUGUGGAGUUUUGGCCAGUUCAGUUUGCUAACCAAUUAAACGCAGUGCUACUAUAGUCAUCAAUGGUUUAGGUACCACUAUAGUACCUGAAAAGAUAUAAAACCAGCAUCUCUGCAAAGCUUGUCAGUGAACAAAGCAUGAAGCUCUCUGAAUUAUCUCUAUCGAUGGUUUCUCUGAGUUUUGACUUGAUAAAACCCAGGUGGAAGAACGCCACUAGAAUACAUGGCUUCUCAUUUCAUCCGCAGUAGGAAGGUGGUAUGCAUUUUGGACUGUUACAUGUUUCCUUCAAACUCUGUGAACUUGAUUUUUAAAUUAAAUGACUAAGUUACUUUCAUCUGAUGAGAGUACUUUCUUUCUCUGAGUAACAGUUGCAUUUUGUUUCCAGUUAGUAAAGUUGACACUAUUAACACUGUCUUUGGUCCAGGAGUUUAUUCACACAAGGUAAACUAAGGUUUUAGCUAUUGAAACACUUCCUAAAGCUGCAGGACACACUUUCUGAAUCCCCCAAACAUUUACAUAGGCUUUGCCUCACAAUCCUUUUAAGGCUGGGGUCAUCUCUUCAUUGGAAAUAUUUCCUAUUGUUCUUCUUUAACUCUGGUAAUAUAGCUUUUUUAAAUGAAUAUAAUUAUAUAUUCCAAUGAGGCACAGUUCUAAGAUUAAAAGUGCCAUUUCAAUAUUACAACCUUUAGGCAUUCCUUGUAAGCAUAUUAUGUAAUAUUACCUAUCUGCUACACAUCUGUGAAGUGCUCCUUUGGGUCUUGUAGAGUCUUGUGCUGUAUUCUUAAUUUCUAAUAUGAUCUUUUUGGUUUUCUUUAGGUAUUAAAAUGGGCAAA